GUUAGGUGGGGGCGGCCGUUUGUUUUCUCGCCAUCUCGAACUCGCGCGCUCUCUUCCCCUCCCCCCAGCGAGCGGCGGGGCGGAAAAACGGCGGUGGCGGCGGCAGCGGCUGUAGCGGCUCUAGCAGCGGACACUCUUUUCUUUUCUCUCCCGCGAACGGGUUCCUCUUCCCUCUCCCUCUCACUGUUUGUUGUGUUUUUGAUGUGUUAAAGCAGGAGCGAGAACGCGAGCAGCGCCAUGAGCAACACCACCGUCGUCCCCAGCACGGCGGGCCCAGGCCCCAGCGGCGGGCCUGGUGGCGGAGGUGGCGGCGGCGGAGGCGGCGGCACCGAGGUAAUCCAGGUGACUAAUGUCUCCCCGAGCGCUAGCUCUGAGCAGAUGCGGACCCUCUUCGGUUUCCUAGGCAAGAUCGACGAACUGCGCCUCUUCCCGCCGGAUGAUUCACCUUUGCCAGUCUCAUCCCGCGUCUGCUUUGUUAAGUUCCAUGAUCCCGACUCAGCAGUUGUGGCACAGCAUCUGACAAACACUGUAUUCGUUGACAGAGCUUUGAUAGUCGUACCAUAUGCAGAAGGAGUUAUUCCUGAUGAGACUAAGGCUUUGUCUCUGUUGGCACCAGCUAAUGCAGUGGCAGGUCUUCUGCCUGGUGGUGGACUCCUGCCUACUCCUAACCCACUUACCCAGAUUGGCGCUGUUCCAUUGGCUGCUUUGGGGGCUCCUACUCUUGAUCCUGCCCUUGCUGCACUUGGGCUUCCUGGAGCAAACUUGAACUCUCAGUCUCUUGCCGCAGAUCAAUUAUUGAAGCUUAUGAGUACUGUCGAUCCCAAGUUGAAUCAUGUAGCUGCUGGUCUUGUUUCACCAAGUCUGAAAUCAGAUACCUCUAGUAAAGAAAUAGAGGAAGCCAUGAAAAGAGUACGAGAAGCACAGUCCCUAAUUUCUGCUGCUAUAGAACCAGAUAAAAAAGAAGAAAAACGAAGACAUUCAAGGUCAAGAUCACGUUCUAGGAGAAGGAGGACUCCCUCAUCUUCAAGGCACAGGCGAUCAAGAAGCAGAUCACGGAGGAGAUCACAUUCUAAGUCAAGGAGUAGGCGACGAUCCAAAAGUCCAAGACGGAGAAGAUCUCAUUCCAGAGAAAGAGGUAGAAGGUCAAGGAGUACAUCAAAAACCAGAGACAAAAAGAAAGAAGACAAAGAAAAGAAACGUUCCAAAACACCACCAAAAAGUUAUAGCACAGCCAGACGUUCUAGAAGUGCAAGCAGUAUUUUAUGGUGUAGAGGGUAUUUGAAACAACACGGAGUUCAACCGAGAGAAAGAAGACGAAGAAGAAGCCGGAGUGGAACAAGGUCUCCUAAGAAGCCCAGGUCUCCUAAAAGAAAGUUGUCUCGCUCACCAUCACCUAGGAGACAUAAAAAGGAGAAGAAGAAAGACAAAGAGAGAAGUAGAGAUGAAAGAGAACGAUCAACAAGCAAGAAGAAGAAGAGUAAAGAUAAGGAAAAAGAUCGGGAAAGAAAAUCAGAGAGUGAUAAAGAUGUAAAAGUUACACGAGAUUACGAUGAAGAGGAACAGGGGUAUGACAGCGAGAAAGAGAAAAAAGAAGAAAAGCCAACAGAACCAGGUUCCCCUAAAACAAAGGAGUGUUCUGUGGAAAAGGGAACUGGUGAUGCAUUAAGAGAAUCCAAAGUGAACGGGGAUGAUCAUCAUGAAGAAGACAUGGAUAUGAGUGACUGAGUAUCACCUCUACAGGAAUCCAACUGUAUACAUGCAUCGGUGUCAUU